AUGAACGCGACAAUUUUUGAAGAUUGGUUUUCGCAAAUGUUACGUCACUUAGAAGAGCCGAGUAUUAUUGUGAUGGAUAACGCGUCAUAUCACUCUUCAUUAGUCGAGAACUACCCGAAAUCAGGUAGUAAAAAAGCAGAUGUUCAACAGUGGUUACGAGAAAAAAAUAUAGAAUUUUCUCCUAUAGAAACUCUUGAUGAGUUACGGGCAAAAGUGAAACUCACAAUGCCACGCGGAAAAAAAUAUAAAUUGGAUGAACUAACAUUCCAAAUGGGUCACGAAGUGGUAAGGCUUCCCCCUUACCACUGUCAAUAUAAUCCAAUCGAACUCAUUUGGGCACAAGUAAAAGGUAGAGUGGCCGAAAAAAAUUGUUUUUUCACAAUUAGGGAUGUUGAGGCACUUGUGCAUAAAGAAAUUGAUGCAGUAGCUCCGGACGAUUGGGCCAAAUGUGGAUAA